GUUGCAAUGUCUUGACGGCGAGGAAUGUACCGGCAAGGCUGAUUGAAAUGUUCGUAGAGCUGCCACCAGGAAGCAAGAUCAUCGCUGUCACACAAUCUGGACCGAGUAUAUGGAUUGGUACUCUCAAGAUACGAGUACUUGUAAGUACCAGAGGUUCAUGCCAUGUCAAUCUUCCCACUGCCAGAUUCUCUUAUGCUCUCGGCUCUACAGCUUCUCCUUCAAAAGCCAGAAAGCAUGAUUUUUCUGUCUUGCCACGUCGCUUUUCGCGUUCCCAACGUACCGCUAAGAGUAAUUGCGUAGCUUCGAGAUGGUCGAAUAGUUAAAUACUUCAAAAAGGUCUCACCUCCAAUCCUUAUGGAGCCCCGAUCAGAGCUGAAGCGCUUCCAGGAAGCAUCUGGGCCAAAGGGCUUGUCAAUGAUGUCGGGGUCUUACGCCGCAGAUUCGGAAGUACAUGCCUUUGUUCCCGAAUUGGUUCCGCAGCCCCUUGCAUUUGGAACGUACUCUACUGACCCCAACACGCACUUCUAUCUUUGCGAGUACGUGAAGAUGAAGGACGAUAUCCUGAGCCCACGAGAGUGGGCCGCUGCCGUGUCUCUAUUACACACGCGGAGCAUGGGGCGGGGCCCUUCAACUCGAUUUGGGUUUGACGUAACCACACACCUGGCUAAUGUACCCGUGAACAACUCCUGGAACAUGUCUUGGGUAGACUUCUGGACACAGCAAAUGCGCGGGCUGUUUGAUCAGGAGGCCAAUAAACACGAGGAGGAUCUAGAAAUGGCGCGUUUGAGUGAGAUCUUCCUCCAGAGCGUCAUUCCUAGAUACCUGGGCCCACUCGAAAGUCACGGGAGAACAGUGACACCGUGUUUGAUACACUCUGAUCUAUGGCCUGGGAAUAUUAAGCCUCGCGCUGAUGGCACUGGAGUGUGCAUGUUUGACGCAUGUGCGUUUUGGGGACACCACGAAGCGGACCUUGGGAUCUGUCGAAAUCCAAGGUACAACUUGAGACAACCGGCGAUUGAAGAGUAUAAAAAACUUCACUCGUUAUCAGAGCCCAUCGACGAAUUCGACCAGAGAAAUGCCGUGUAUGCUAUGAAGUUCCACGUACUUCUCUCGAUUAUGUAUUUCGAGGUUGAGCGUUUUCGCGACAUGUAAGGCGAAGUUUCGUAUAAUCAGCAUAUCAUACCAUACGCUAACAGCUCCAGACUCAAGUCAGAGCUGAGGACGUUGGUCGAUACAUUUGUAGAUGGAGGCCAUCCUGACGCAUUACAAGACGACGGAAAGGACGUAAGUUCUGCUCAGGCCGAUACAUGGAAUUCCGCGCUGAGAUGUGAGUGAAAAUUCG